AUGUCGGCUAGAGCAAUACAGCGAAUUAAUGCGGAACACAAGGCCAUGGCUUCCAAUACGUCUGUGUACAGUGUUGGUAUAGACGACGCAUUCAAAUGGCAUGCGACGAUUUACGGACCCCAGGGUACUCCCUAUGCUGGUGGCAUCUUUCGCAUCAACAUUGAGUUUCCUGAAGACUAUCCUUUUAAACCACCCAAGUAUACUUUCGGAACUCGGAUUUACCAUCCAAAUAUCAAUUCCAAUGGAUCGAUUUGUCUUGACAUUCUUAAAGACAAGUGGACUCCUUCUCUCACCGUUGAAAAGGCGCUCCUAUCCAUAAGUGCACUAUUGGCGGCCCCAAACCCAGAUGAUCCUCUUGUACCUGAGAUUGGAGAGCAGUUUAAGAAUGAUAGAUUCAAAUUUGAUCAGACAGCCCGAAAAUGGACUGAACAAUAUGCUUAAAAUUAAGAACUUAAAUAUAUAUAUAUAUAUAUAUAUAGUUGUUUUCGUCAUAUAUCUCCUA